UUCCCCAGCAUACUGGAAUGCCACACGGGCAUUGAUGAUCCUAUCGGUAAUGUUGUGCUUUGCAGGCAUUAUGGCAGGCAUCCUCUCAUUUGCCCAUUUAUCUGCCUUUGAGAGAUUCAGUCGUUCCUUUGCAGCAGCAAUCAUGCUUUUAAUCUCCACUUUGUUUGUGCUGCUGGCUAUGGCGAUCUACACUGGCGUAACCCUAAGCUUCCUGGGAAAGCGUUUUGGAGACUGGCGCUUCUCCUGGUCCUACAUACUGGGAUGGGUGGCCAUGGUCAUGACCUUCUUUGCAGGGAUAUUCUACAUGUGUGCCCACAGAUUGUAUGAGUCCAGGAGAGUGGUUGGAAGUCACUAACCUAAAGAAGAUAAAACUCCAAGAAGCAGAAAGUGUUGGCACGGAAAUCGUUAGGACCUUCAACAGACCUUAAUUUUAUACCUUAAAAUUCUAAACUGCAAAUCACAAAUUAAUAGUUUAAAACAGCUUUAAAGGCCUUUUGUACACAUGCACAUAUAUUUGUAUAAUUCUGCAUAGAUAAAUAUACCAGUCUUCACAA